UUUCGGCCGCCCCGCGUCCCACCUGUUCUCUGCUUCGGCAUUAACGAUGCUCUUCAACUGCUCCGAACUACCAGGCAGACCAACUUCGAUUUCAUCGACGCCUUAUAUAUGUAGCACAUAACAAAGCUACGUCCAUACUCUCUCUCUCUCUCUCUCUCUCUCUCUCUCUCAGAUAAUAACGAGGAGAGCGGAGUCUCGCUUCAGUUGCAUCUCUCGUAAGGUCCUUUAAGUGCUUUCUGUUGCAACCUCUGGAGAUCUGUGCUGUUAAUCUCUGUGAGUCAACUUAUUUCAGAAUGGCAACAAGUGCGACUCCUGGCAUUCUCACUGUAACUACCAAGCCCUGCGCAUAUUCAUCUUGCAAAGUUUCUAAGCCUGGCACUGCAAUCUUCAUAUCAUCUUGGCCAAGGCUUAAUUGCUCUUCUCAAAUCUCAUCAGCUCCAUUUUUCCAGAAUUUCCCGAUCAUUUCUGCAAAACCACCGAAAUUUGUUACAAAAGCGUUGUCUGAAGCAAGUAACAACAGUCCUUUGUCUGGCUUGCCAAUUGAUUUGAGAGGUAAGAGGGCAUUUAUAGCUGGCGUAGCUGAUGAUAAUGGGUAUGGCUGGGCAAUAGCCAAAUCUCUUGCUGCUGCAGGUGCUGAAAUUCUUGUCGGGACAUGGGUGCCUGCACUCAAUAUUUUUGAGAGCAGUCUUCAACGUGGAAAAUUUGAUGAAUCACGCACGUUGCGAGAUGGGUCUUUAAUGGAGAUUACAAAAGUGUACCCAUUGGAUGCAGUGUAUGACUGUCCUGAGGAUGUUCCCGAAGAUGUAAAAACUAACAAGCGGUAUGCAGGAUCAUCUAAUUGGACUGUUAAGGAAGUUGCUGAAUGUGUUAAGCAGGACUUUGGCAGCAUUGACAUCCUCGUGCACUCACUUGCCAAUGGACCAGAGGUUGGCAAACCUAUUUUAGAGACAUCAAGAAAUGGAUAUCUUGCAGCCAUCUCUGCUUCAAGUUAUUCCUUUGUGUCUUUACUCCAGUAUUUUGCUCCCAUAAUGAAUCCAGGUGGUGCUACAAUUUCUCUAUCAUUCAUUGCUUCUGAAAGGAUCAUGCCUGGCUAUGGUGGAGGCAUGAGCACAGCAAAGGCUGCUCUCGAGAGUGAUACAAGAAUGCUGGCUUUUGAAGCUGGAAGAAAGAACCAAAUCAGAGUCAACUCAAUAUCUGCAGGCCCACUAAAAAGUCGUGCCGCAAAAGCUAUUGGCUCAAAAGGUAUUAGCUACAUCGAUAGAAUGAUAGACUAUUCGAGGGAGAAUGCGCCAUUGCAGAAAGAACUCUCUGCAGAGGAAGUGGGGGAUACAGCUGCUUUCCUUGCAUCACCAUUGGCCUCGGCAAUCACUGGUGCUGUUAUAUAUGUUGACAAUGGUCUCAAUGCCAUGGGAAUGGGAGUUGACAGCCCUGUAUUUGCAGAUUUCGACAUUCCAAGAUCCAUUCCUAAAUCCACCUAGAGGUAGUGAUGACGAGUAUCAUUUCAAGUAGCUUCUUGAAAAUUUUGAUUACGAAGAAAAUAAACCUGCAUGCUCCUUGCUGUAUCAUCAAGAAUAGCUCAGCCUGUGUACCAUUUUCUUUCGGAGUUUUUGUUACUUCAUGAUGUCUCAGUUUGUGAAGGGAGCGCCGGCCCCAUUUUGAGAUAAUUUGCUUCUUCCUUUUUUCUUAGUAGAUAAUGAUUAAUGUUGAUACUGAUAAUUUGCAUCAUCGCACUUAAAUCCCUUGGAUACUGAUUUUGCCUUGUUA